GUUCAAUAUUAAUUAGUCUGGUUAAUUAAGUUUAUACAAGUAUUUUAUGAAUUAAUUAUAACUUGUCCUUGACACUUAGAAUGAUUCAUGAUGAAGAAAGAAAUGCCCUUUUUUUUUUAAUUAUGUUGUGCGAACCACGAAAUAUUCCAAAUAAUUUAUAAAACAAGGAAUAAUUUGUUGAAGAUCACGAAACGUUUCAGAUAAAAUAUUUAAAUAAGAUAAGAACAUGUCCUUUAUUUAUUAUUUAGUAUUAGUUUUGUAGUGUUUAUUAUAUUUUUUUAUAUAUAUAAUUAUAUUAAUUUGUUAUAACUAAUUAUUUUUUUAUUAGCCCUCAUGUCUUUUUUGUUGUUGUUUUAUGACCAAACCUUAAAAAAAAUCAAGAAUUGAAGAAGUUGAUAUAUAUAAAGCAACCUGUUUGAAUAAAAAAGUUUCACCAAUUCUUGAUAUGCCUUGUUUGAAGUUAAGUUGAGAGCAUUUGCAAUUAAUUACAAAAACUAAUUAACAAACAUUAAUUAGGGCACAACAACAUCUAUCUCAAUGAAUAUAUAUUAGGGAUUUUUUCCUUAAUCAUCAAGAUAAAGAAUUAAUUAAGGCGUUAAUUAAGGUGUUGAAAUUAAUCUCUUAAAUUUUUUGGCCAUUAGUCUAUUUUAUUUAGAUCUAUAAUUGGCAAAGAUUCCCUGCUAGCCAGUUGCUUGAAGAAGAAUGCUGUUCUUGCAGUAUAUACCUUCUCCAGUUUGGUAAGUAAGGAUAUAUUCUUACCUGCCUGUCCAAGUAAAGCAAUUUGGAGGGCACCCAUUUAUGUUGAGGGGAGGGGGGCUAUAUAUAUAUAUAUAUUCCUUUCUUUCAAAUUUGUCGAGCAUGCUAGCAUUUUGCAUUUUGUUCUAUCUGUGUUUUUAAAAUUCUUGAAACUUUUUAAGUUUUGUAUUAUUUUUUAUAUAUUUUUAGAUCAUUUUGAUGUGAUAGCAUUGUAAAUAAAUUUUAAAAAAUAAAAAAAAUAAUAUUGUUUUAAUAUAUUUUUUUAAAAAAUUAUUUUAAAAAUAACUUUAACCCCGUUGAGUAAUUUUAUUAUGAUAUUAAAAUUCGAUGGAAACGUCUCAAAACCGAAAUCGAAGCUUAAUUUUUACUUUUAAUACAUAAAUAUCCUAUUUAUCUAAUUUACUACGUACGUACGUCUAUAUUUUGAUAACUAAUUUUAGUUUGGAUCAAAUCAGAAACUGAUAUGGAACAAGAUUCAAAGCCAAAGCUAAAAUUCUAAGAUCCAUCUAAAGCAGCAGGCAGAUACAACAGCUAAAAAGUACUCUCACUCACCGAAAAAAAGCAGCCAGACAGCACAAAAACCUCCCCUACGAAGAAAGAAAAGCAUCUCAAGUCUACUUCUUGAAUGGAGCAUGGCUAUACUCCAUGCAGUACAAUUCAUAACCUUCACCUCUCCUCACCACAAACAUGGAGAAUGCCUUGGCUACGUUUUCUGCUUCAACUGUCACCACAAUUUUACUUCUUGCGGCCUCAACUCUCUUUAUUCAAGGAGUGGAAGGAAGUAUUGGAGUAAACUAUGGCACGCUGGCUAACAACCUGCCUCCACCAGCACAGGUAGCCCAUUUUCUUUUAGAAUCCACCAUUAUCAACCGCGUUAGGCUCUUUGAUGCCAGCACCGAAAUUCUACGAGCCUUUGCUCACACUGGCAUUGCAGUCACAGUCACAGUGACAAAUGAUCAAAUCCCUCACCUUACCAACAUAGGCUUUGCACAAGAAUGGCUGAAGUCCAAUGUCCAACCUCAUGUGCGGACCACCAACAUUGUCCGAAUCUUGGUAGGCAAUGAAGUAAUAUCAACAGCAAACAAAUUGUUAAUAGCAAGCUUGGUUCCAGCUAUGCAAGCUCUUCAUGCAGCUUUAGUUGAUGCAUCAUUAGACAGUAGAAUCAAAAUCUCUACCCCUCACUCUUUAGGCAUUCUCUCAAGUUCAAGCCCACCAUCCGGUGGCAAAUUUCGACAAGGAUAUGAUACACAUGUUCUUAAACCGGUGCUUAGCUUCCUUAGAGCUACCAAUUCACCAUUCAUGAUUAACCCUUAUCCAUUCUUUGGAUCCUCUCCUGAAACUCUUGAUUAUGCACUGUUUAGGACUAGUUCAGGCGUGUUUGAUGAAAACACCAAACUUUCUUACACAAACAUGCUAGAUGCGCAACUUGAUGCUGUCUUUUCAGCAAUGAAACUUCUUGGUUUUAGUGAUAUUGAGAUUGUCAUAUCCGAAACCGGGUGGCCAUCACUAGGAGAUUCAUCACAAGUUGGUGUUGAUGCAGAAAGUGCAGCUCAAUACAAUAGGAAUCUGAUGCAGCAUGUAACAUCUGGAGCUGGCACCCCGCUCAUGCCCAACCGGACAUUUGAAACUUACAUUUUCGCACUUUUUAAUGAAGAUCUCAAGCCAGGGCCUACCUGCGAGAGGAAUUUCGGAUUGUUCCUGCCGGACAUGACUCCAGUGUACGAUAUUGGAAUCCUAAGGUCAACGGUAGCUGCUGCUAGCAAAUUCCACCAUGCUACAUAUAUCUCAGUCCUUACAAUCGGGCUUCUAAUAAUUUCUAACCAUGGUGACAACAUGCUUUGUUAAUUAUUAGUUAGUGUCAAUUAACUCUCCGAUCACCGUGUACGUAAAAUUUUGAUCGAAAUUCGGUUUUGAAAUUCUUUCUUGACAGGCUAAAUCAUCCAUUCCUACGAACCCUGCCCUUGUACCAAGUGACUGCACCGGUGAGUCCAGGGUCAUGAGGAGGGCCUAAAGGAAAAACGCGGUGCCUUCCUAAAACAGGAGCAGAUGUGGAGGCUCUACAGAGAAACAUUGAUUAUGUGUGUGGCCUGGAAAUGCAGUACUGCACACCUAUUCAAGAAGGUGGUGAAUGCUUCCUGCCCACGGUGAUCAGAGCAC